AUGGCUACCUCAGGACCUCUUAGGGUCGUCGUUGUGACAAUUUCGAUUGCUGUCGCCCUGGUGGCUGCGUUCUACGCCUCCUUACUCCCCGAGCUGCCGGUGCCUUCGCAGGUGUCCAGGGCUGCCGCAGCUCUGUCGAGUCUGAGAUCCAAGGCCGGACUUCCCACCACCAACGUGACAAUGCCUUUUAGAACACCCGUCUAUUUCUUCAGUCAUGGAGGUCCAGAUGUGAUGUACAACAAGGAACAUGCUGUGUAUCCGGUGCUCCAGAAUAUCGGGAAGGAGAUUACCCAGAAGGUCAAGCCGAAGGCCGUUGUCGUCUUCAGCGCCCACUGGCAAGCGAAACCCGAUCUUAUUCAGGUCAACAAUGCCAUCGAGAACGACCUGAUAUACGACUUCUACGGCUUUCCCGAUUACAUGUACGAGGCGAAAUACCCAAGCAAAGGCGACCCAGCACUGGCUCGCCAUAUCCUAGGCUUGCUUGCGUCGGCAGGAAUCAAAUCCGAAGGCGUCAAGCGAGGGCUGGACCACGGAGUCUGGGCCGGAUUCCACGUCGCAUUCGACCCGGUUGAGAAUCCUCUCAACGUUCCCCUGGUCCAGGUGUCUCUCUUCAAAUCCGAGGAUCCAGACCAGCACUACCGCCUUGGGCAGGCUGUCGCUUCUCUCCGAGACGAGAGUGUGGUCAUCAUCGGCGCAGGCAUGUCUGUACACAACCUCAGAGAUAUGUGGGAUGUCAUGACCUCAGAUGACCCAACGCGGCCGUUGCCUUACGCUGUGUCCUUCGACAACGCGCUGAAGGAGGCUGUAGAGGCGCCUGUGGAGCGAAGACAGAUGAUGCUGGCCGGUGUGUGCGGCCGCUCUGACGCUAAGCAAGCUCACCCGUGGAUGGACCAUCUGAUGCCUGUGCACGUAGCGGCUGGUGCUGCUGGCCUGGAUGUUGGCGAGCAGAUCUGGACGCUACAAGAAGGAAAUUUUGCCUGGGCUCAAUAUCGCUUUGGGCAGUUAUCUGGUGGGAACCUCUAG